CACGAUUUGUGCGCUUGUUGCUGCGCAUUAUCCCCCUGAAAGGAAAGAAUAGACCCAGACAGAAAGCGUCGGACACUGUAUACCCGCGUUAUUACAUUGAACAACCUAAUAGUGACGAAUCGUGUGUUUAUAAGUUAUAAAAUCAUGAAUCCAGUAUACAGCCCUGGAUCAUCUGGGGUUCCAUAUGCAAAUGCAAAAGGUAUUGGGUAUCCUGGUUUCCCAGUGGGGUAUGCUGCAGCUGCACCUGCCUAUUCUCCUAAUAUGUAUCCUGGAGCUAAUCCUGCAUUCCAACCAGAGUUAGAGCAUCCUUCAUAUGUCUCAUCGGGUGUGCAAAUGUUCAUGUUCGGGCACACGUUCUCUGCAGCGAGAAACGGUGCAAUGAAUUCAGGUACCUGCUUUGCUUUACUUUUAAGUUAUCUUAGUUCUUCAGAAUAA